AUGGAUCUUCAAGCAAUUUUCCCUACCACCCUUCUAAUCAUUUUCUUCCUCUCCAUCAUUGUGACACUAACACUAAAGAAGAAAACAAAAAAAGUUCACUCAAAUCCAAAUAUACCACCAGGGCCAUGGAAGCUACCAAUCAUAGGAAACAUAGCCAAUCUUGUUGGCUCUCCACCACAUAGAAAACUAAGAGAUUUAUCAAAAAAAUAUGGACCAUUGAUGCAUCUUCAACUUGGUGAAGUUUUCUUUAUUAUUGUUUCUUCAGCAGAAUAUGCUAAGGAAAUAAUGAAAACUCAUGAUGUUAUAUUUGCAUCAAGGCCUGCCAAUCUAACCUCAGAGAUCAUUUUCUAUGAUUCAACCGAUAUAGCUAUGGCACCUUAUGGUGAUUAUUGGAGACAACUUAGAAAGAUUUGCACUGUUGAACUUUUAAGUAUAAAACGUGUGCAAUCCUUUUGGCCUAUAAGAGAGCAAGAGAUGAGUAAUCUCGUCAAAAGAAUUGCGUCCGAAGAAGGAAGAGUGAUCAAUCUUACUCAACAAGUUGUGUCAAUGAUGUUUUCAUUCACUUCAAGAGCUGCAUUUGGCAAAAAAUACAUCGAGCAAGACGAGUUCAUAGCAGCGGUAAGAGAAAUUUUGCAGCUAGCCGGUGGUUUUUUCAUCGGUGACUUGUUUCCGUCUGCGAAAUGGCUUCAAAAUGCCACUGGUAGGAGGCCUAAGCUUGAGAGUUUGCAUAAGAAAGUUGAUAGAAUACUUGAGAUGAUUAUAACUGAUCAUAAGGAGACAAAGUCAAGAGAUAAAGAUGGUUUAGUCGAAGGAGAUGAAGAUCUGAUUGAUGUUCUCUUGAAAUUUGAGGAUAGUGGAAACACUAAUCAAGAAUUUUCCUUAACUAAGAAAAAUAUCAAGGCUAUACUCUUUGAUAUUUUCACCGGUGGAAGUGACACUGCAGCAACAACAAUCAACUGGGCAAUGGCAGAAAUGAUGAAAAAUCCAAGAGUAUUAAGAAAAGCACAAGCUGAAGUAAGGGAGACACUAAAAAAAUCAGGAAAACUGAAUGAAACAUGCAUUGAUGAACUAAAGUACUUAAAAGCAAUAAUCAAAGAGGUUUUAAGAAUCCACCCACCAGGUCCACUUUUAAUCCCAAGGGAAUGUGCACAAGAUUGUGAGAUCAAUGGCUAUCAUAUACCAAAGAAAAGCAAAGUGAUAAUCAACGCAUGGUCAAUUGGAAUGGACACAAAAUACUGGAAUGAGCCAGAGAGGUUUUAUCCAGAGAGGUUUAUGGACAGUUGUGUUGAUUAUAAAGGUAAUAAUUUUGAGUAUAUUCCAUUUGGUGCUGGGAGGAGAAUUUGUCCUGGGAUGAAUUAUGGUAUGGCGAAUGUUGAGAUGGCUCUUGCUAUGUUGUUGUGUGAGUUUGAUUGGAGAGUUCCUAAUGGAAUGAAAUGUGAGGAUUUAGAUAUGAGUGAGUUGUUUGGAGCUUCUGUGAUAAGAAAAGAGGACUUGUAUUUGAUUCCAAUUGUUUAUUCUGAAUUGAAGUAG